AUGGGUGGCACUACUAAUAUCAACCAUAGAUCAGCUUUUGAGUUGGAAGAUUCGUGGACAUUAAUCAUCGAUGAUACUUCAGCAGCCACCAUGGAGUGGGCUAUGUCCCUUCUACUAAACAAUCCGAAAGUUUUGCGAAAGGCACAAGACGAAAUCGACAAUCACAUUGGACAUGAUCUUCUAAUAGCUGAAUCAGAUUUGUCUCAGCUUCCUUAUCUUCACUGCAUCAUAAAUGAAACCUUGCGCAUGUACCCAGCAGGGCCCUUGAUAAAACACAUUUCUGUUCUAUUUCCACUGAAAAUUGAACAAAUAGCCAUGGCAGAGCAAUUGGAUCUUCCACCCUUCGAAGCUAGAGGAACAAGCUUCCUUAAAACUUGCUUUAAUGGACUCAAUAACCUUGUCAGGAAUUUGAUUAAUAACCAUUCCAUAUGCACUCGCACAAGCCGGCUGGUUAAGCCUUGGUCUUCUUCUUGUAAUGGCGAUUAUAACUUGCUACACAGGGCUACUCCUACAGCGAUGUAUGGACGCCAAUUCAUCAAUCAAAGCUUACCCCGAAGUAGGCUCAUAUGCAUUUGGCAAAAAGGGAAAGAUGAUCAUAUCAACUUUCAUGUUCUUUUUAUCAGCUUUGGUCUUAGUACUUAGUACAUGGCCAUGGCUGUUCUUGGUUACUCAAUGUUUGGUUCAGAUGUUUCAUCACAAGUGACAUUAAAUCUACCCACAAGCAAAGUGAACUCAAGGAUCGCAAUAUACACCACUUUAAUAUGUGCAAUCACUAAAUAUGCCCUUAUAAUUACACCAGUUGCAAACGCCAUCGAAAGCCGCUAGCCCAAUUAUUAUUAUAACAUAAGGCCAAUAUGCAUGCUCAUAAGAACAUCCCUAGUGAUCAGCACGGUGAUUGUGGCUAUAGUUUUCCCAUUUUUUGGAUCACUAAUGGCACUCAUUGGAGGGAUUCUUAAUGUGACUGUUUCCAUUCUGCUGCCAUGCUUAUGCUACUUGAAGAUUUCUGGAAGUUAUCAGAAAUGGGGUUUCGAAGUUUUGAUGAUUGUAGGAAUCAUAGUUAUCGCUAUUUCAGUUGGAGUGAUGAGAACAUACUCAUCCAUAAGAGAAAUAGUUAGACAAAUUUGA